AUGUUUUCUAGGCUGCUUAGGCUUUUUCGGAAAGAGAAUGGUGAUCAAGGAGAGACCACUCCCAGUAAGAAAGAAGCUAGCCUCCUGUCUUGUAAGAAAGGAAGACUGAAAUCAUUCUGGGGAAGGCACAACUCUGCUAGGCAAACAUCAUCCCAGAAUUCCACCAUCAGUAACUGGAAUGAGAUGACGAGAUUGGAAGAACUGAAAUUGAAGAUCAAGAAGAUGAGCUUUGAGGAGGAAGAAAUUAGUCAAAUGCUGAACCUGUACAAUUAUAAUGAUUUGAACUACAGGAUGAACAUUGAAUUCAACAUCAUUAAAAGAAACCACGAAAAGACCAUUAUGAAUAUCCAGAAAAUGACAGAGUCAGUAAUUGAUGCCAUGGAGAAAUACAAGGAGCUCAUUGAAAAAAACUAUUCCUACAGCACCAGGCACUGCCAACUCCUUAGAGAAUGUUCUCAACUGAAAGACAAUGUCAGGAUAUUGCUGCAGACAGAGAACAGAAACCUGCUGGUCGAGCAGAGUGAACCACAAGUGUCCUAUGGAGAAGAUAAGAGUUUCUGUGAGGAGUCCAACAAGAACAUCUAUGUCCUGGGUGCCAAGCAUCAGCAGGUCUAAAAUGCUGCUGCAGAAACUCAAACAUGCCACAGACCAGGACAAGAUCUCACACCAAGAGAACUGUUGUGUGAGGUGCACUGAGUGUAUGCAGCAAAUGCACCACUAUGGCAUCUCAUCCCUAAUCUCCAUGGCAAUCGUGGGCUGCAUUUUCUUCUUUAUCUUGCUUUCCUUGUCGUGAAUAGGCCUUAAUUUCAUCUAGCCACUAGCCCAGCAAGAAUGCACAUUUGGAGGAAGACAAGUGCUGAGGCACAUCAAGAACUGCUGGGCAUCCAGGAAGAGUCUGAGAGUGUACAUUUUUUCUUGUGCUGAUGGGUCAUCAAUAGUAACUGUAUAAAUACCAGUCAACAAACUUGCAGACUUUGAGACAAAAACUGUCACAUGUCUUAUGCUCAAUCUUGGGAGGACAUAUCCUUCAAACACAGACUCCAUAAAAAGGAGACCUGCUUACAUUUCUCUUGAAAAGAUUAUUUCCAUCAGUAACUGCUUUCCUAGUAUGUUGUCAAGGCCAGCCACAGGCUGUAAGUCUGUGCUGCAAAAUAAGCAGCCAAAGAAUGCUGCUUCCCACAGUUCUGGAGUUUAGAUUUUCGUUUGAGUUUUUCUAACUUUGGUUAUUUGGUUAUCCUUAUUUUCAUUUGAAAUUUGUUAUUGAUUUGUUGUUGUUUUGUUCUUGUAAUUGAUUUGAUAUUUUGAUAAGGCUAUAAACUGUACAUGUUUACUGUCCAGUUUCAGUUACUUUUGAGUAAAUUGAAUGUAUUAUUAUGAAUGAAAGAGUGAUCUCUAACUCUUCACUCAUAAGAACCUUCCUUAUUCAGGUGAGGUGUCACCGAGUUGAAAUCCCACAGCUAUCAGACAGAGAUGGAUGUCUAAAUUCUCAUGGGGCUUGGGUUUCUUAAUUAAUUCCUGAUCUAGCCUAUAUGGGUCAGUGAACAGGGUCUAGCAAGAGAGAGAGUAGUGAUGGAGGGGCAAGAGGCAAGAAGAAUGAAGACAAGACAGAAAGUCUGAUCAAGUCCCAUUUACCAAAAGGAUAUUCUGGGUAUUUAUAUGCUUUACCAGGUGGCUUGCAGUCAUGGAUAAGCGGGGGAACAGAGCUGAAGUUGCUGUACCACGUGUGCCUUGCAGCUUGGGACACUAAACAGCAAAACAAGAUAUGUUAGAAAAGCAAGAUGUUUAUCAGAGUGUGCUCAGCUGUUGUAGGCUGUUUGCAAAACAAGUCUCUUGUGUUGGUAUAUUGCUCAGAUGACUGCAAAGAGGGUAGCCACUUUCUGCUAGGAGUCAGCUCCCAAGAACUUCCCAGCCAGACUGAGCUACAAAGGUGUUGGGAUCCCACUCCUAGCAGAAAGCAGCUAUCCUCUUUGCCGCCAUCUUGGGCCAUACAUUUGUAGGUUGAUCCUUGUCCACCCUGAAUAAAGACUUGUUUUUCUAGGCUGAUAUUUUUGCAAGCAGCCCACAACCACUGAGCACACUCUGAGAAUCAUGUUGUUUUUCUCAGACAUAUCCUGGACUUGUUGUUUAGUGUCCCCAUUGGCUAGGCACUAGUGGUUUAGUGUCUCCAGCUGCACUCCCCUGCUUGUGCUUAUAUACCAAUAAUUGUGUUUCAAUAAAAGAGACUUGAUCAG